AUGGAUGACAGGCGCAUUAAGAUUGAACUGGGACUGAGAUUCAGAGUGACAGCUGACUGUAUAAGAGGCCGAGUCAGGAAUAAAGACAAGUUCUGCGUGUUUGUGAAAAAGGGACAGCAGAGUUUCUUCAUGCUGGAGAGGAUAGAGAAAAGACAUUCAACAGAAAUGCUUUAUUCUUGUGGCAACAGACAUAGAAGAAAGGAGCUAUCCUCCUCCCAGAAAAGUCAGAGAAGUUCCUUCAGUAAAAGCAACAAGAAAUCCAGGAAGUUGGGGGUGAUUUCAAGGACAUUCUUACUGUGUAAUUCAAAGAGCAAUGAUGACAGAGCAAGUAGUGAAGAAAAUGACUCUGCCUCAAAAGAUCAAGUGUCUGAAGGCGCUAGUGAAUUAAAUGGUCUCCAGUCACAGACACGAUCACAAGCCCCACGGGAGAGCCUCACAAUAAAGGCCCUUGCCAUUCAAAAUGAGCUGAAACCCGGUGACGUUGCUGAAUCGGGAAUGGAUAUCAAGAAAGAGUGUUCUGUUCAGGAGUCUGCAGUAGGAACCUGCAGGUUGUACAUAGCCACAGGAGACCAGGAGCUAGGGAUUCGGACCAGUGUGAAUGGAAAGGAACCGUCAACUGUAACCGUUAGCCAUGUGAUCAGCGGAGGGGCUGCUGACAGGGAUGGGAGACUCAGUCCUGGAGAUACGCUGCUCAAGAUAAAUGGAUCCUCGUUGACUGGACUUUCAAUCCAAGAGGCUGAUAUUUUGAUUCGAUCAACAAAGGGCUUGGUGGAUUUGGUUGUUGCAAAUAAACAAUUUACAGAAUGCAAAGAGAAUGAGUCCCCACAGAAAUGUAGCCCAGUGUCAGACUUGACCCCAGGGGAAUAUCAGGAAAUUCCAUGGAAACGUGAAGCCUACGAGGAGAUCAUCUCACAGACAAUGACCAGGGGUGUUCGAUCUUUAAGUUCAGCUCAUUUAAUCCACUCGUGCUCCAGUGCCUCACCUUCAGUCAUUUCAAACAUUGUUUUGAUGAAAGGUCAGGGAAAGGGACUAGGCUUCAGUGUGGUCGGAGGAAGAGACAGUGUGUACGGACCAAUGGGUAUUUUUGUAAAGACAAUAUACCCAGAAGGAGCAGCAGCUGCUGAUGGCAGACUGAGGGAAGGAGAUGAAAUACUUGAGGUGAAUGGAGUUUUGAUGAAUGAAUUAACCCAUGAUGAAGCUAUACAAAUAUUUAAGCACGUGAGGAAAGGAGUACUUACAUUAACAGUCAGGACUUGUUUAAGGAGCCCCGGCCUCAGUCAGGGCCGGUCAGGAGCUGAACACCUGAGCCGCUCAUGGUCAGCCAGUUCGACCUCUGACUUUAGCAGAGGAGCCUGUUCAAGUUCGGAACUGGAUAACAUGCUGUUCCUACAAAAGACACCACAUCCUAAUGACAGGAUUAUUAUGGAGGUCACCUUAUUCAAGGAGGAUGGUGUUGGUUUGGGAAUUGGGUUGUGCAGCGUGUGUACACCCCUGCAACCAUCUGGCAUUUAUAUCCACACUCUCUCUCCGGGAUCUGUAGCGCAUCUGGAUGGGAGACUCCGGUGCGGUGAUCGCAUUUUAAAGAUUAAUACAACAAGUGUCCACAAUCUGACCCUGAAUGAGGUUUACACGCUCCUACAGCACUGCAAGUCUGGACCUAAUGAUCUAACGAUUAGCCGGCAUCCUGAUCCCCUGAUUUCUGAACAGCAAUUCAAUGAAGCAAUUUUAUUAACUGUUGAAAGUGCUCGGUUCAAUAAGGACAGUAAUCCAUGGAGUACGCAAGACCAAAGGAGAAAUGAAAUCCCUUUCCACAGAAAGCAAAUGUGGGAGAGAUACACAGACAGAAGCUUCACCAAAAAAUCGCAGAAGCCAAUGACACGUUCGAGCAGUGACAGCAGUUACUUCAAUAGUCCGACCACAAACAGUGGCACCAUCUUCUACAUUAACCACAGCAAAGGCUUCCAGACAGGAAUACCUGGCUCUGAUGGUCAAAUGGGCACACACACUGACUCUCUUGGCUUCACAUCACCGAAUGGGCCCGAAUAUUCACCCACUUCCACUAAGGACUUCCAUUCAGCUAAAAUUAAAGAGCUUGAUCAGUGUGCCACAGAAAUGAUGGAAAGAAACAUUAAUGAUUCGAAGAGGAUGUGUCCACAAACCCCUCCACCAAGGAUUGGGAGCAGUCUGCAGAAAGACCAACUUGCUAUAGAAGUGAAUGGUGGUCUCCACACGCACAGAAAGGAUGGACCAUCUCAGCAUGACCUUACUCAGGAAGUAAAGAGUCAGAAGCCACGAGAGGACAAAGCAGUUUACAUUGACAGCAACCUCCUCACGUUAGGACUGGCUGGAGAUCAGCAUUUAACUGUCCUGGACUCAAAUUGGCUUGAAUUAAGAGGAGCAAAUCAAGCUAACUGCCCAGCAAGGCCUCUGCUAAGAAGGCAGGUGUGUGUGAAUCUGUGCUGUGAGGGGGAGAAACAGGAAGCCUGCAAGCAAACUGCUGAAGAGACAGAAAACCUCCAAACGAGAAGUAUAUUUGCAAUGAUGGAGGACUCGGGGGGUGAAGUUGUUCAUAACGCAAUGGAGGAGAACCAAGCAACUGCACAAUCUCACGGACUUUCCAAACAGUCAGCUCCCCCUCAAAAAGCAGAAAGUCGGGAUGGAACUGAAAGCAAACACAGUCCGUUUACAAAUGGACUGUCUGAUGGAAAUGGCUCUGUGGAGAACAGCAAUUCAAACUCGACUGUUUCCAAAUCUAUUGCUUUGCAUAAAAAUCAGACAAGUCAAAGCUUAUCUCCAGCUGAGGAUAUGGAAGGGCGAACUUCGAAGCAGCUCAACCUCGUUCUAACUGACACGGCAGUAGAGGGAAGAAUAUCAGAGCCUUUAUCCAAAUCUGCUUUACCCUCACGCUCUCAAGUUACAGGAUCCAGAAAUGAGCAAACAGGAACAUGUUCACCAGAUGACCCUGAACUACAGGGAAGAGCAACAGCCUGUUCAUUUGAAGCCGGCAGGAAUCGCACUUUAAUGGGUGGUUUGAAAACAGAGAGCGGUGCUACUACUUCAGCAGCAGAAAAGACCAGUGUAAAGAAAGGGCCACCUGUUGCCCCCAAGCCAAUGUGGUCCCGCCAAAGUCUGAAAGCUUCAAGGAAUGGGAUGGAGGUGCCUGACACCACGACGAAGAGCAGCAAGGAGAGGCGCUUUGGUUCAUCUCGAAAUGUAACUCCCCAAGCCCAGUCCAUAAAACAAAGGAUCUAUUCAUUUGAAACACUUUCUAGUGCUGACACCCUGGACAAAGGGAACAAAAGGGACACUUGCUCACCAUCUCCGGUUUCAGCCAAAACCGUGGAAAGAACCGUCUCUGCGCCAAGUAUUGAACGUGAUUCUAAAGCACCACCUCCAUCUCCAGUCCCUGCCACCCCCCAGCCACCUGACAAUGGGAAAGCAGUGACUGUAUCUCAGAAGGUAGGGGCUGAGGUAUCAACUGAAGCUCGAGAUGGCAAGAUAUACUCGAACUGCGGCCCAAGGAGAAGUAACAGUGUGAGUAGUGAACUAUCCACCUCCCCAUGUAGCUCCCCACAGGUAUUGUCACAGCUGGUAAAGCCACCUGGCCUUCGAACUAGGAGCUUCCCACUCGCCUCCAAUUCCUCAUAUGAUGUUUGUGAAGUAAAAGGUACGAGAGAAGGAUUGCUGUCUGCAAGCAAUGACAAGAUCCACACCAUCAGCAACCAAGUCUCGCAUGCUCUGAUGAAAAGUGUACUUGCAUUUCCACAGUCACCAGGAUCUUGGUGUGGAAGCCCUAGGAACACGUGCCCUAGCUCCCCUUACUCUCCUUCCGACCAGGAGCUGUUGUGGACUGAUCAAUCCCCAUUGGCAUCACCGACGAUUAACAACUGUCAGCUGGAGAAAGGCUUCUCUCUCAGCCUUGCAGAAUUACGAGUCUGCACCAUCAGUCUGACAGAUGAAAAUCAGAGCGAAGAUGAUAAAAGGGAACUUUCCUCAUCGUUAUCUGCCUGUGUUUCUGCCCAGUCGGUCAUCUCCUCGAUCCCUGCAGACGAGCUGGAGAAACUGAUCGAGGAAGUGAAGAGCUUGGAUGAGGAGACCUUAAAGCAAUUUGAAGACAUUCAUGUUGUGGUCCUGCACAAAGAGGAAGGGUCUGGCCUUGGAUUCAGCAUCGGUGGAGGGAUCGACCUGGAAAACAAAAUAACAACGGUUCAUAGAGUGUUUCCAAAUGGACUGGCAGCUCAGGAAGGGACCAUCCAAAAAGGAGAUGAGAUUCUAUCGAUCAAUGGACAAUCUCUGAAAGGUGUUACUCAUACGGAGGCUCUCGGCAUCUUACGGCAGGCCCGACUGCCAAGGCAAGCAGUGAUUGUGAUACACAAGGGCAAGGAAGCUGAAAGGAAGCUGAGUAUUCCGACAGAAAGCUCCGCCACCGACAGUCCCACCGGCUCAGCAGCAGACAAUAAAGUGAACACUUUUGUUGUGGAACUGGAAAAAAAUGCAGGAGGUUUGGGCUUCAGUCUGGAAGGUGGGAAAGGCUCCAUUAAUGGUGACAAGCCAUUGAUUAUCAACCGGAUCUUUAAAGGGGGUGCCCUUGACCAGAACAACAUCAUCCAGACUGGCGACGAGCUGCUUCAAGUGAACUCCACCAUCCUACAAGGUCUGAGCCGUUUUGAGGCUUGGAACGUCAUCAAGUCCCUGCCGGAUGGGUCCUGCACAGCAACAAUUAGGAGGAUUGGUCCAAUUCCUAGCACAGCCAAAGCAUCACAAGAUGCUGAAUAAAGCCCCUAAUAGCCAACUAAGGACUUAAUGUAGAGACAUCUCUUCCACAUAAUUCAGCUAAGCUAUAACGUAGAUUACAUACUAAUAUCCACAGGGAUGCACUGUGACAGAUGGGGUUGUUAAGCUUUUAGACUGGUUAUUCUUGUGAACAGAUUGAGGUGUUAUCUUUAUUAAGUCCUUUUAUUCAUCUCCAGCAAGCAGUCUUAUUGUGACAAAUCCAGGCUUGCUCCUUGUUCUUUAUAAACACUCGCUAUCCCCAUAUCCAAUAGUGUGUGCUGGCCAAGACUUCAAUCUGACAGCUCCCUCAGCUCAUUACACUCCUGCAUGUUUAAGUUUGUGCCCAACUUUUAUUAAUGCAUGUAACACCAACAACUUUAUGAAUUGCUAAUUGCCUUAUCGCAGCUACACAGCCUACAUGGUCAGCAUCCUGCUUAUGCAUUAGCAGGAUGCUAUCCAACAAAGCAAAACGUUAAUAAAUACUUUGUCUACUGUUUCAUACUGUCCACACGCUCCACAAAGGUGCCAAUCUCCAUUACAAACACAGAAUGCCUACUUCUACUGCUGUACCAUUCCCUGUUCCAUCCUCCAUUAACUAAUCUAAGUAAUCUAAUAAAAAAAAUCUAAACUAAACUUAUUCAAAACUCUUCUGCCUGUACUAUAUUCAACAUCCAGAGCACUUGUCCUCACUGACAUUUUUUUUUAAAAAUACCAAAGAACUAUGGAUGCUGGCACUCAGAAAUUGCUAGGAACGUACAGCAGGUCUGGCAGUAUCUAUGGAAAGCGGAGUUAAUGUUUUGGGUCCAGUGAUGCUCCUUCAGAACAGAUCUGAAAUGUUAACUCCACUUUGCACAGAUGCUGCCAGACUUGCUGAGAUUUUCCAGCCAUUUCUGAUUUUCUCACUUUUUUUUUGUUACUUGAACUCAGUACCUCAAACUCAAGAUGUUGAUAAUCUUUAAAUCCCUCAUGCCAUCAACCCUUUCUGUCUCCAUCACCUUCACCAGCUAUCACUCUUCCCACAAAGUUCUCCAUUCCUCUAGUCUCGUCCCACCCCACCCAUUCCUGCUCCACAUCCCUUCUUCAAAACCUACCACUUUCGCUUGCUUCCUCACAUCCUCCUGGCAAUCAAAACCCAAUUUGUUUAAUUCUCUGUGAAGCACCUUGAGAAAAUUUUGCACAUUAGAUGCAAGCCAAUUACAAAUGUUUUUCAGCCUGCUAACCUAUUUCUGAACUGAGGUAAAUGGCAACAUAACGAGUGAAAACUGACAAUUGCAGCCAACCCUAAUAUAGACAAAUAAUUCAUGGGGAAACUUUACAGCUUAAUAACAUUCUCCAUUCUUUUCCAGGAUAAUGUGACAAGCCCCUAGUUAGGAUUUAAAAAAAAACUCAGAAAUAUUGGAUUGCUGAAGCAAAAAAAUAGAGAAAUGCUAGAAAUACAGAGACCAGGCAGGAACUCUGAAGAGGAAUAGGUUACUGUUUCAAAGAAAGCUCCAGUGUUAAUCUGUCCUUUGCAGAUGCAGAUUGAUCUGAUUUUGUAUUUCACUAAUCAGAGCUCUGAUGCAUUAAGAUUUAGAUGAGUUAACCGCGGUCAUAAUGCAGUCCACUUUGUACUAGUUUUGCCAGUGUGUGUGUAAUCGUAAGCAGCAUGGUCCAUCUUGCCAAGCCUCUGCUAGGGAUUCGAUGAUUUGAGUUCUGAUCUGAAUUUGUACCAAUCACCCAAAAUAAAGACUCCAGCCUGGGUUCAAA